AUGUCCUCCCCGCCGCCCACGAACCCGUUGAAACGGCCCUCGAUCUCCUCGUCGGCCUCGCAGCCGGCGGGCUUCAACCCUAAGCGGCCCCGCAUGCACCCGCUCCGCCAGACCUCCUUCCCCAACACGAUGGACCUGGACUCGUCGUCGCGGGCCUACAGCGACGCCGGCAGCGUCACGGGCAGCUUCACGGGCAGCCUGGGCGGCACCAGUGCGGACGGGGUGUUCCUGACGACCAAGGGCAAGAAACGCGGGCGCAAGAGCAAGGCCGAGAAGGAGCGCGAGCAGCGCGCCGAGGAAGGGAGUCUACGGGCGGGGAUGAUGGAUCGGAUGGGGUCCGUGGAUGCGGAGGGCGCCUCGGUGAGGGCCGGUGCUGGGGGAGGUACAGGGCAAGGAGGAGGAGGAGGCGGAGGAGGCGGGGAUGAUGCUGAUGAGGAUGAUGAUUUUGAUGAUGAGGGUGAACUACUGGGUAGGGAGGAAGGGACCACGGAUACGGAGGCGGAGAAGAAGAAUCUUGCAUUACUCGUGGACGCGUUUAAUCCGCUGCAGUCGGAGCGAUACGAUCUGUUCAAGCGAGCGAAGCUACGAAAGGAGACGCUACGGAGAAUUGUCAAUCAUGCGCUCUCGCAAUCGGUGCCGGCUAGCGUGGUGACGACGAUUAACGGAUUUACGAAGGUGUUUGCGGGCGAGAUUAUCGAAAAGGCUCGAACGGUGCAGGCGGAAUGGGCCGAAGCCCAUGACCAGGCGGCCUUAGCUGCUGUGGCAGCCUCCAGUUCCACCUCGACCACCUCGACCACCCCAACCACGACGAACCAUCAUCUCGGAGUGGUCAAGCCACAGGGCAUGAUAGAUAGAGGCGGACCACUGCUGACGACGACUGCUGCCAAAAGCGAAAUGAAGGCCAAAUUACCUCCCAAUCCGCACCGGGGGCAGCUCCUUCCGGCCCAUUUGAGGGAAGCGCUUCGGCGGUAUAAGCGAGAUGGGGAAGGAGGUGGCGUUGGAUUCUCCGGAUUGAGUAUGGGCAAUCUGGGGGUUCGGGGGUCGGUGACUUGGGCUGCAGGUAGCGUCGGAGGACGGCGCAUCUUUCGUUGA